AUAUCUUCAAUUAAUCAAUUGUCACUGAGAAGAGAUAAAUAUAAUAGAAAAUAAAUUCCAUUUAAGAAAGAGCGGUGCCACACAAUUUUCUCUCGCCUUUAGCCAUACCACAGGACAUGGCAGGAGCUCAACUCUGCUUUUCGCUCUCCUUCUCCAUCCGCGAUGUUUGUGCUAUUAGCUCUGCAAGAAGAAACCAUUCCAUUUCUCUAUUAACCACUUCGAGUUUUGCCAAAAGUGGGACCACUUUCGCCACUGGCUCUCCUCUCUUAAUAUCAAGAACUUCUCUUUGGAGGAAGCCUGUAAGCAGAGCAACUUCAGUUUCUAUAAGAUGCGAGCAAAGUACCCAGGGAGGCAACAGUGUUGAUGUAUGGUUAGGACGGCUUGCAAUGGUUGGCUUUGCAGUGGCUAUCAGUGUGGAAAUAGCCACAGGCAAGGGCCUUCUGGAGAAUUUUGGGCUUACAACACCCUUGCCUACAGUAGCAUUGGCAGUAACAGGAUUGGUGGGUGUUUUGACAGCUAUUUUUAUAUUCCAGUCAGCCUCUAAGAAUUGAGCCCACACAUAAGGUUGUGGUACAGUGUUUGUAAAGUUGUAAUUCAAAAGAUCUUUAAGGUUGCAUUUUUGUUAAUCACUAAUUUUAAUGUCUUUAAGCCAAGAAUGGGGUAAUACUUGAGAAUGUAAAGUGAUGGAAAAUAUAAUCUAUAUGACACCUUUCCUUA